GCUGGUAAGCUCCCUCCGCACCGCAACUAUGGCUGCUCUUGCAUGUAGUACCCAUACUGAGUACAUGCCAGUCUCUAUUAGGCAGAUAUCGCGGCGGAGGAGAUACAGCAGGACAACAAGGAGGACAAUAGGUUACCACCAGCAAUAACAAGCGCGGACCGGAAGUUCCGCGUCCUCGUUGUCCGGGGGAGCCGUUAGGCACGCACGCCGGAAGUGGCCAAUCGGCCAGUGUGAGGCGGUGCCCACUGUGUUCGCGUCCCUCGGGCAGCGGAGCCAUGGAGCCCGGGGCUGCUGAGCUUUAUGACCAGGCCCUGCUGGGCAUCCUGCAGCACGUGGGCAAUGUCCAGGACUUUCUGCGCGUGCUCUUCGGCUUUCUCUAUCGCAAGACCGACUUUUACCGUCUGCUUCGCCAUCCUUCGGACCGCAUGGGCUUCCCGCCCGGGGCCGCCCAGGCCCUAGUGUUGCAGGUCUUUAAAACAUUUGAUCACAUGGCUCGCCAGGAUGAUGAGAAAAGGAAGAAGGAACUUGAAGAGAAAAUCAGAAAAAAGGAAGAAGAGGCCAAGGCUGUGGCAGCUGCUGCAGCUGAGAAGGAAGCCGUGCCAGUUCCAGUGCAGGAGGUAGAGAUUGAUGCUACUGCAGAAUUGAGCGGGCCUCGGGAAGUAGAAAAGUUGGAGUCCCCAGGCCCACAGGGCCCUGACCACAAGGUGGCCCAUGGCUUGGAGGAGGCAGAAGCUCCAGGAACUGUUAGCAGUGCUGCUGAAGGCCCUAAGGAACCCCCAGUGCUCCCCAGGAUUCAAGAGCAGUUCCAGAAAAAUCCGGACAGUUACAAUGGUGCCAUCCGUGAGAACUACACCUGGUCGCAAGACUAUACUGACCUGGAGGUCAGGGUACCAGUGCCCAAGCAUGUGGUGAAAGGGAAGCAGGUCUCUGUGGCCCUUAGCAGUGGCUCCAUCCGAGUGGCCAUGCUGGAAGAAAAUGGAGAACGUGUCCUCAUGGAAGGGAAACUCACCCACAAGAUUAACACGGAGAGUUCCCUCUGGAGCCUUGAGCCGGGCAGGUGUGUUUUGGUGAACCUGAGCAAGGUUGGCGAGUACUGGUGGAGUGCGAUCCUAGAGGGAGAAGAGCCUAUCGACAUUGACAAGAUUAACAAGGAGCGCUCCAUGGCCACUGUGGAUGAGGAGGAACAGGCAGUCCUGGACAGACUCACCUUUGACUACCAUCAGAAGCUGCAGGGCAAGCCCCAGAGCCAUGAGCUGAAAGUCCAUGAGAUGCUGAAGAAGGGGUGGGAUGCUGAAGGCUCUCCCUUCCGAGGCCAACGAUUCGACCCGGCCAUGUUCAACAUCUCCCCCGGGGCUGUGCAGUUUUAAUGACCAGAAGGAAAGGAAACCCUCAUCAUCUGGGAGGUGGAGACCUUGUCCCCCUCACUCCCUGCAUGCCAGGGACUCACUCCUGAUCAAUCCUCACUAUUUUUUCUUUCAUGAUGAACCAGGCCUUCCAUGCUGACCUUGCACCUUCAGACUAUUUUAGAGAAGGUACAGGGCCAGCUGCUGCCUGGCAGUCUCAAUGGCCAACACUAAAUGAAGGUGUUUGAAAUUAGGGAGGGACAUGUCCCAGCAAACUGGGAGCACAUGCUCUGUCUCCACAGCAACCAGCCACUGCAGGCAACAUUUCCUUCCUCCCCUGUUCUCUCUGCUUGCUGUUGUUUUGACGCUGUUCUGCUUGCUUGUCUUCUGACUGGGGAUAAGGAAUGGCUGGGCUCUCAGGCACAGCUAAGUUGAAGAGUGUGGGGCCAGGCACUUGCAUGAGGGCAGAUGGAGCAUGGCUCUGAAGCUACUUCUAGGGCUGCUGUGGGACCCACUUGUUGACCUCUUUGUGUGUGUGUGUGUGUGUGUGUGUGUGUGUGUGUGUGUGUGCAGUCUUGCUCAUCUCUUUGUGAAUACACCUGGCCAGCCUCAGCUUCAUGGGCAGAGCAGCAGAAACUGGGGUCUAUUUGCCUGUUGGAGAUGAUGGGAGAAAGUCUGAGGUUCUGGCCCCUGGCCCAGAUGUGGCAAGGAUGCUGUCUGCCUUCUGACUGCAGCUACCUUACUUUGGUUCUUGAAACGAGCCUGGCCACCACUACUUGCUCCCUACAAGACCUCCUCUUGGAUACGUUGCAUUGAAGCCUUGGUACCUUCAAGAGAAGAUCACAGCAUGUUAGUAGUUCAUUGGCAGAUUGUGUCUAUCACACUCCCUAAGCAGCCUUGACCUUGAAGGAUGCCUCAGGAAGGAAAACUUACCCACUGGCUUGAAGGCAACUACAAAUGAGUCCAAGAAAAUGAAGAUUCCCCUGUGCCAAUCACCAGAUUGCUUCCUGGAGCUCAGCGCCUCUGUGGCUGCAGACCACCUUCAGCCAGGGUAUGAAGACCUGAUCAAGGGACAGGGACCCAGGUGUCCCAACCCUUUACAGGGCUCUGUCUGUGCCUGUUGCUUCCUGCCAUCUCAGUUUGCCUCUUAGUCUUGGUGUGUGUGUACAGGUUUUUGUAUGACAAGUAACCAUACAACCAGCGAGAAUUAAGACCCACUGAAGCCAGGCAGCCUGCCCUCUGGAAAUAGCCCUCUGCCGAGUGUGGUUUCACAUGUUUGGAAGGAGCCACUGGAAGAGCAGGUUGAGGACUUAUUUUGAGAAGCUUUCUGUCAACUGUGUAGACAGGAACUGGUUCAUUGCAGUCAUUUGAGGAAUUUUUGGUUUACAGUUAGUAGCUGACGGCUCUUGUAAGAAGUCCAUACUGAGAGUUGAUCUGUGGGUCCAGAUAGGCCACAGUGGUGGUCAAAGGAGAGCAUUGGGCCACAAAUACCCACUCUGGAGUAUGAACUUGUGAUUGGACAUUGGCCACCAAGUUGAUGAAAUCUCUGAAGUGAUCACCCUAGGGGAGAAGAAUCUGUCACAUUCAGAAGAUCCCCAGGACACCUUUGCUACUCCUCCCCGUCCCCGCCCCUGCCUGCCACAUUUCCAUUAAAGUCCUAGGAUUUGCACAUCCCUGUCCCAUGCAAGCUGUCCCACCUAAUGAAGGAAAUCUCAUGGUGUGUAUGUAUCUCCAGUCUUCUUUGUAAUCCUAGUUGGCUCGCUCUCAACCCUCAUCCUGUGGGUAGUCUUCCAGAAGGAAUAAUGUAGUGGGUGAGCCCUGCAUCUUUUUAUUUGGGACAGUAUUUCACUUCUGUGGCAACUUAUCUCCCUUUGGCAUGGUUUUAUUUUCUGCAUUGCAUUUCUCAUUUGUCCCUGCCCUGUUUCAACAAACAAGCCAGUGUAGAAAAAGCAGCCUGGGGAAUAGUAUUAGAUGUAGGCCAUAUGGCAGGAACCUGUCCUCUGUGUGUGAUCCCUGUGGCAUGUUAUGGUACACGGUGUGGUAGUGGCUACCAUAUCCACAUGUCUUCAUCACAGUGGGGCUCAAUCCCAGCCAGCCAAGUAGAUAGUUCUUUGCCCUGAGGAACUGCCCUGGCUCACCCACCCACUGAAGCUGGCGUGUUGCCUGUUCUCUCUUUUUAGACAUGACAGCCACAAGUUGGUCUCUAAAUCCCACCUGCUGAGGUCUGAGGAAAGCAGGGUGAUUUCAUCCCCUUUGUCCAAAGACCCAGGAGAGUUGUGUGUCCGGCCUACAAAGCUGCUCUGGCUCCUCGGUGUUGGUUUGCAAUAAAUCUGUAUUUAAGCAA